UGAGGGAGGGGCGCGUCCCUCGCGCGGCGCCCGCCCCGCAGCGCGGAUUCACCCGCGCGGGGGCCGGGGGAGAGCGGCGGUCCCGGUGCGCAGAAGGCGGGGGCGGCGGCGCAGGGCAUCGCCCCGCCGGCGAGGAGCGGCGGGCAGGUCACUGGUACCCAGCCUGGAAACAGUUGCUCCCUUGCAUCGGAAACUGCAGGCGGCUUUCCUAAACAUUCACAUGCACGCAGAACCGCCAAAAGAAACCCCGCAUGGCGGUGAGCAGCGCAGAUCGGCUGAACCCGAUAAAACAGAUGCUUUUAUACUCUCAAAGUUGGUGCAUUUGCGUUUUUGGCCUCUGCUGAAUAUACUUUUAUUGUUCUGCAAUCAACUUUUCAAUAUUCUGCAUCUGAUGUGGUAGGAGCCAGCCUCACUUCUGCAGAGAUGUUAUCGGAGACAGUGAGUGGAACAAGCCGUGGAGAUGCUUUUAAAGAGGGAAUAAAUCACUGUCUUGCCUAGGGACAAUGCGGUUGAGGAUGAGCAGCUGUGGCCUGGGAAGCCCGUCAAAGGGAAUAAAACCACAGCAGAGCUUCCCCUGGCUUGUUUUUUUUGCUGUUGUUGUGGGGGGGGGUUGGUUUGGUUUGGUUUUUUCAUGUGGAAAAAAAUAAACUUUGAUUUCUGGCAUAUUUUUGGACCUUGAAAGAACAAUCACCAGAGAGUUUCCAGCAGUUAGUGGCGAUAGUGGGACGGAGUUCUGAACUUUGCCAUCGACCCUCAGCCCUCUGACACUGAUAAGAAGCGGCACCAACUUUCUAGCUACGGUGCUGGUGCCAGAAGAAAAGAAUGAUUGAUGGGAAACAGACACCAGCCUGUAGACACUCAUCCUUUUGCUUCGGAUACUGAUUUAUCAGUGUGUCUGGGCAUCCCCUGCGAGCCCUGAACACAGAGGAUCACUCAGGGUUAUCGACAGUGUAGCUGAAGACCUGCAACUUCACAAAUUAUUAUCUGCUAUUGGACAUCUUUUACAAGAAGCCUGACAGAUAAGUUAUAAGACAAAGGACAAGCGCUGCAUUGCUGUGAAAGGCUGUCAUCAGGGCCUGGGUGGCUUCUACCAAAGUCUUUAACAUAGUGAAAUAAACAUCCUAUCCUAAUGCUUCACAUUUGAGUUGGAACCUAUUUUAUAAAUAUAUACAUGUGUAUGUACGUAUAAUCUAUAGACCGCACGUAAGCCAGCACUGAGCAUCCUUGCGAAGGUGACAUAAAAGGAUUUAGAAAUGUAUUGGUCAAGAUUCCUGUCACUUCACGCCCUCUGGGUUACUGUCUCCUCCAUGAUGCAGCACUACCCUUCUGUGUGGGGACACUAUGAUGUGUGUAAGACUCAGAUUUACACAGAAGAAGGAAAAGUAUGGGAUUACAUGGCCUGCCAGCCAGAAGCCAGAGAUAUGAUCAAAUAUGUAAAAGUGACUCUGGAUCCUCCAGACAUAACAUGUGGAGAUCCUCCUGAGACCUUCUGUGCAAUGGGGAAUCCCUACAUGUGCAAUAAUGAAUGUGAUGCAAGUACCCAAGAACUGGCUCAUCCUCCAGAACUGAUGUUUGAUCUUGAAGGAAGACAUCCCUCCACGUUUUGGCAGUCCACAACUUGGAAGGAUUAUCCAAAGCCUCUUCAUGUUAAUAUUACGCUCUCCUGGAACAAAACCAUUGAGCUCACAGACAACAUAGUUAUCACUUUUGAAUCUGGCCGUCCAGACCAAAUGAUCCUGGAGAAAUCACUUGACUAUGGACGAACAUGGCAGCCCUACCAAUACUAUGCCACAGACUGCCUAGAUGCUUUUCACAUGGAUCCAAAAUCAGUGAGGGAUUUAUCACAGCACACAGUCCUAGAAAUCAUUUGCACAGAGGAAUACUCUACUGGGUACAUGACAAAUAGUAAAAUAAUCCACUUUGAAAUUAAAGAUAGAUUUGCUUUUUUUGCUGGACCUCGGCUUCAUAACAUGGCUUCUCUUUAUGGCCAGCUUGACACAACCAAGAAGUUAAGAGAUUUCUUUACCAUCACGGAUCUGAGGAUAAGACUGCUUAGGCCAGCAACGGGUGAAAUAUAUGUAGAUGAGCAACACCUGGCACGCUACUUUUAUGCAAUUUCAGACAUAAGGGUAUAUGGAAGGUGUAAGUGCAACCUUCAUGCUACUGGCUGUAAAGAAGAAAACAAAAGACUACUUUGUGAAUGUGAGCAUAACACAACUGGUCCAGACUGUGGAAAAUGCAAGAAGAAUUACCAGGGCCGACCAUGGAGCCCUGGUUCUUAUCUGCCUAUACCUAAGGGCACUGCUAAUAUCUGUAUACCCAGUAUUUCCAGUAUUGGUAACUGUGAAUGCUUCGGGCACUCCAACCGGUGCAGUUACAUCGAGCUGCUCAAUACGGUCAUUUGCGUGAGCUGUAAGCACAACACUAGAGGUCAGCACUGUGAGUUAUGCAGGCUGGGCUACUUCAGAAAUGCUUCUGCAGAGCUGGACGAUGAAAAUGUGUGCAUAGACUGUUAUUGUAACCCUUUUGGUUCAGUCCAUGAUCGCUGUAAUGACAGAGGAUUUUGUGAGUGUAAGGAGGGAACAUCAGGGCCUAAAUGUGAUAAAUGUCUGCCGGGAUAUAUCUGGCACAGCUUGGGCUGUCAACCAAACGUAUGUGACAAUGAACUACUGCAUUGCCAGAACGGUGGGACGUGCAUCAACAACGUGCGGUGCCAGUGUCCUCCGGCUUACACUGGCAUUUUGUGCGAGAAGUUGAAGUGUGAGAGGGAUCCAGGAGGCUGCGGCCAGAACUCGGGCCAGGGGGCAAGGGCACACAGGCCUCUCGUACUGCUGACUGCUCUUCUGGCAGCAGCAGGACUCUGCACGUGGUAGGCUCCGUGUGCUGGAUGGCAUCACACUCAGACUGCUUCAAAUGAACGUGCCACACGAAAACAGGACAACACCCAAGCGUUUGCUACUGAAAUCUAAAAAGGAAAAAGGAGAGAAAAAAUAACCCCACACAGACUAAGAAGGCCUAACUGAACUAAGCCAUAUCAAUCAGUUAUGGACAGGGCUCUGAGUCAAGAUUGUUCACCUCUGACUUGAGACACGUUGGCAGCUGCCUGUUCUGUCAAAUCAAUCAAUGCUGGCUGCAAAGCUUACACAGGACUGAAACAGCUUUGACGGCCCCCAGAAUGGGAAGAAAAUUCAAACAACAUUUGCUACUCCUAUAUGGUGCGCUAGUGUACCUCUGCCCGGUGUGUGGACCGACCAAAUAAAGGCAUUCUUUGCUGUCAGUGCAUUGUGGGUAUAAGGAAAUCUGUAAAAGCUGCCAUAUUGGCCUGCUUCAGUCCCCAAAUCCUUCCCAACCUGUGCUUUAGUGAACGUUGCUCUGUAACCCUUGUUGGUUGAAAGAUUUCUUUGUCUGAUGUUAGUGAUGCACAUGUGUAACAGCCCCCUCAAUAAAACUCAAGCCAGUCAUAUCCUUGUAUACCUUAGAAGCACUGCAUCAGUAAGAUGCUGUGUUCACCUACUGUACAAGAGUGGCUAUAGGACAAAAAGUGUAUUUAUCCUUUUGUAUUCAAAUGAAGUUAUUUUUCUUGAAAUAAUGUACAAUGUAGAUUUUUUGUAUUAUUGCCUAUUUGUGUUACCAGACAAUUUAUUAAUGUAUUUAAUUCUAAUCAGAUAAGAGAAAACUAUUACUUUUUAUUUAGUCCUUUUCUUUUUCCUUUCAUUUAAUUGUGCAGAGAUUUCUCUGUAUGGGCAACGUGCUGGCAUCAAAGAAUAUCAGUUUACAUAUAUAACAAGUGUAAUAAGAUUCCACCAAAGGACAUUAUAAAUGUUUUCUUGUUGCUUUAACACUGGAAGAUUUCAAAGAAUAAAAAUUCCUGCAUAAACA